AUUGGUAACUGCUUUUACCCCUUUCUUCCUUCACGUGACUUUGCUCAUAUGAUCACACAAAAUCUGUGGACGGAGAAGUAAGCGUUUAACUAUCUAUCGGAAGUACUUAUUGUCACGAGGCGAACCGUGUACCUGUCAGCGGUAGAUUGGUCACAAGAUAAAAACAAGAUGAAGGCGAAUUUCAUAGGAGCUGUGAUAGUUUGUGCACUAGCAGUGGUUCAGGGGAGUGAAUAUGUUUACUUGGAUGGUAAUAACCAGUCCUGCAUCGUUGUGGAGAUGGAUGUUACUUUUACACUGUCCAAUGGAACUAAUUCUGUAAUACUUGAUGGAAAUAAUUUUACUGUGGGUGGUGGGGAUUGUGCAUCAGGAAGUGAAGAGAUUGCAUCCAUGUCACUUCAAAAUAGCAAGGAGGACAUUCUGGCUCUCACAUUCCUUAAAGCAGCCAAUCGUGCAGUCAGUGUGAGUUUUGUGUUCGCUGUUUCCCCUAGUUACUACUUUCCAGGAGUUCCGACACCAAAUUCGGUUAAUUUAAAUGAUCAAGGAGAUCUAGUGAUGGGAAAUGAUACACAACUUUACGAGUGUAACUCCCCCCAGAAAAUUACACUGACAGGAGAUCUGGAAGGUGUCAACUAUUCACUGGUUUUGGAUAUGACCAAUACACAGAUACAGGCCUUCAAUAUCCAGGGUGGAAAUGUUAGCAGUGACGUGUUUGUAUGCAGUGCUGAUCAGAUGACAACAGCAGCCAUUGCAUCAACAGAAUCCAUUUCAACAAACCCAACCACAGGGGCAAGCACUCAACCGACGACUGAACCCCCAGCAACCAAGCCAACAACUGCCAAUGGUACAGAACCCACAACUAUACCUAGUACCAAUGGUACAGAACCUGUGACUAAGCCUGCAACCACAGAACCACUGACCACCUCAGAGGCUCCAACAACCACUGUGGGCCCCCCACCUCCCAAACCAUUAGACAAAUCCACAUACCGGGUCAUGGAGGGCUCUGAAGCCUGUCUCAUCAUGGAGGGCAGCUUCCAGCUCAGUGUUACUUACAUGAAAAAGGAUAAUAGCAGUGGUUCUGGGAUUGUGAAUGUUCCAGAGAGUAAGAAUGUCAAUGUCACUGGAAAGUGUGCAAGCGUGAAUGACACUACAUCCCAACUCACCAUCACACCAAAAAAGGGGGACAUAAAGUCAAUGACCUUUAACUUUGAGAUUGUGAAGGAUAAGUCUCAGCUGGUGUCUUGGUCAGCAGAAGUCAGUUUGAACUCCACGUCAUUCCCAGAUGCCAAGGGAGAUGAGCUAAACCACACCGUGAAAGGACCAAUCAACUUGUCCGAUGCCAAAGUAUACUACAAGUGUGAUGCAGGAGAGACCUUUAAGGAUGAGACGCUGGGCUUCAUCGUGAAACAGUUCCGUGUUCAGGCUUUUAAUGUGGAAAGUGGAAAGUUCUCAGACAAUGGAGAGGACUGUAAACAGGAUGUGGGGCCUGUUCCUAAGACCAUUCCCAGUAACACAUUUGAUUUUAGGGAGGGAAACAACACUUGUAUUGUGUUUAAAGGCAGAAUCCAGUUUAGCAUUCCAUACAUGUCCAAAAAAGGCAAUGCAUCAGAACUGAUAUCCGUGCCAUCAGAGUUCAAUGUAACUGGAGGAAGCUGCAACACAACACUGAAUGGAUAUCUCUCUCAAAAUAUAGUCAUUACAUUUUAUGACAGCUGGAAUCUUAUGAUUUUCUUCUCGUCUGAUGGCAAAGAAACCGAGCUCUUAACUGCAGCAACAAAACCCACCAAGUACUUUAUUUCACAAAUCCAACUGGAUUAUGACUACAACAGCAAUCUCUUCAUUGAUAUUGAAGAUAGCAUGGUUGGUGAAAAGAAAUCAGUUGUUGCUACCAACCUUACCAUGUUGACAACAAACAAAGACAAGAGCUAUAUGUGCAACAAAGCUACCACAUUUGACUUACACGAUGGUUUGUCAAUGGCAGUCACAGACUUCCAGUAUCAGGCUUUCAAAGAUGGAAACACAGCAAAAUUUGGUGAUGCCAAUGAGUGUGCCGGGGACGAGGACACAAACAGCAUUGUACCUAUUGCAGUCGGAGCUGCUCUAGCAGGACUUGUGAUCAUCGUACUGAUUGCGUAUCUGAUUGGACGAAAGAGAAGCCGUAGCGGAUACGAACAGGUGUAGAAGCAAAUAAGUGCAGAAAGUUGAUACAGUCUCAAUAUGAAGAAAUGUCAUUUUAUGGAACACUAAGAUAGUUUCCCUAGAAUUAGUAUGCUAAAAAAAAAAAACGGAAUAAACUUUUUGUGGGGAAAUACAAGCAAAUGUCUGAUUGGUUACAUGUAGUAAAUUAAUACUCAAAUACAGUCCCUUUAUAUGCGAAACUGAACACCAGAUACAUUCCAUGUGUAGAUUGAAACAAGAUUGUGAGUCUGAUAUUAUUAAGGGGGUACAACAGGGGUCUUAUUUUCAUGGGAAGAUUAUUUUUAAGGGGAGGAGAUGUAAAUGCUUCUCAAUCAUGAUCUAAUGUAGUGAAUGCUAUAUGUAAAUGUUGUACGCAAAUGAGAUAUUUUGUUCUGUGUUUAUCCCAGUAAGCAUCUUGGGUAAUGAAGAAAGAGAGGAUGUGUGAAGGUUAUUAUUGAGUCAACAUUUUAUGAAAAAUUGUAUGUUGUACAAAUAUAAAUGUAUAUAUAGAAAAAUGGCAGUCGCCUUUCAGUUAAGUCGGGAUUUGUCUAGAUACAGCUAUAGCCCGUGUAAACACCGCUGGAUAAAUAUACAUAUACAUAAUGUUCACAGAUUGAAAAGAUACGUAGAGGGUGUGGUUAGUGGGAUCGAUACAGAACAUUGCAGAAUAUUUUGUCUGUGUUUACUUUGUUAAAUAUUAAACUCACAUUAAACUUUACCUGUGAUUUCAUAUGCAAGUCACUUAUUUCAUGGGAUUUGAUGGAAAUGUGUAAUUUUCGGUUUCAGUUUUGUGAGCUCUCUAAGAUCAAGAUAAGGUGCAUGUGUAUAAGAAUUUUGUGUACAUUUUUUGAUAUAAGGAGUGAUUUUAAUUGGUGCACAGUCUGAUGAUGAUAGUAUAUUUUGAUUUUUUUCCUCUCUCUUUCUCAAAAUGAUACAUGUACAGUGCUUUUAUCUUUGAAUUCUUUUGUUUGUUACAGAUUAAUGCAAUAUUGACAUUACUUGUAGAAUGUUUUAUCAUAACAGCCGUACAUGUAGUAUAACCUUUGAUGGUAAAACAUUUGUGUGCUUAAAGUGCUUUUUUUUGAAAAAUAUUUUUUUCCUUGUCAAUUAUACUUAAAACAACCCUAUGGUUACAUUGUUGCAUGUUUGUGUGAAUGACUAUUUUUUUUCAUGUUAUUUUUCAUGAUGUUUUUUUUUUAAGAAGAUUUGAUUUUUCAUCAGUGAGAAUGUUGCCAUUUUGUACAAUAUAUAAUAUAAUUUUCCUCGUAAAUUUUGCUGUAAUUGGGUGAAACCAACACUACUUCAUAACCAUUCUAGCUGGCACUCGGGACAAGUUUGAUAAAUAGAUGAUCUAUAAUUUGUCAAGUUUAAAGAACAUUCGGACAUUUAUAAGUUUCAUAAACACAACUUGUGCAACAAAAUUUUGAAGAAAAGAAUUCCAAUGUCUAAUUAACAAACAACACUGAUACGACAGGAUAUAAGAUGAAAAUGUUACGCAUAAUGAUAGAUAUUGUGAUCCAUUUUGUUAUUCCUCUAGCACGUAUAUGUCAUUCAUUUUCAGCCCAAUGUUUUCUAUUACUAAAAAACUUCAGGAGUCCAGUUAAGCUAUUUUCAAACUUUUUCAGUAGUGUGUCAUAUAAUGAAAUCUACAACUCUUAUUUUCAGAGAUUAUAAACACACACACCACACAAACAGGUGCUUCUCCUGAUUAUUAACUCCAAUGCUGAAGGUUGCUACAUAGUAGAUGAAGUGUAAUUUCAAUUGGUAAAUUGUAUUGACUGGAUUGCACUGUGGGAAAAAAAAACAAACAUUUAUAUGGAGGUAAUUGGUGCAGGGUUCAAUUUCCCAUUAACAAAUUUCCAUGUACAUGUAUAUAUUUUUUUUAAAAAACCGAUGUUGUAGAUUUUUGAUACACAUUAGAACUGAAAUGGAUUUUGCAACUGAAACAAUGUUUAACUAGAACUUCAUUCAUAGAAGACUGAAAUAAGAAAGCUAGUGUACAUCUUGUAAAAUAUCGCAUGUUGUGUUGUUGGAAGAUUUCGAUGAACAAAUUGGUACUUUCAACAAUUUAAGUUGUACUUUGAUUCUGAUGAAAGUCGUUGUUCUACUUUAAUUUUGAAAAGUGAUUUGGAUUUUGGCAAUAAAAGAGUAUAGAACUGGACAGCCAUGAAUUGGCAUUGUUUAUGAUCGAUAAUCUAUUACAUCUUAUACUUUCUGUGAUCAUUGUUUUUGUAGAGCUGACUAGAAUAUCACCUUUGAAUUAAAUUAUUUUUGAUUUACA